AUGUUGGUCGCGGUCCAUCUCCGCCAUGGCUUGCGCCUGUUGGUGCCAUUGGCGAUAGCCUGCACCGUUUACCUCUACCUCUAUCCCGUCUUCAACGGAUGCGCGUUUCCAGUCGAAUCGAGGGAUCCCUCCGAAGCCUUUGAUAAGACGAAGAAGCUGCACUGGCCAUAUGCAGCUUCUCAGGAAGAGCACACGCUGCCCCAGCUCGCGCCGUUCCGCCUGCUGGCGCUCGGCGAUCCUCAGCUCGAGGGGGAAACGUCGGUUCCCAUUGCCUAUCUCGGCAUACUUCCUCACUUAAAGAGCUUGGCGCGGCGUCUGACAUUUCAGAUUGAGCACCCCUUUCUUCGGGAUCGCAUUCGCAUGAUUCUGCACGACGUCAUCGAUGUCGUUCUCGAAGACAUCCCCAACAUUUUCGAAUCUCUUCGCAAGCGCUUCGAUCUCUUCGGCAACGACUUCUACCUCGCGCACAUCUACCGAACGCUCCAUUGGUGGUCGCGUCCGACCCAUGUGUCUGUUCUCGGUGAUCUCCUUGGCAGCCAGUGGAUAGAAAAUACCGAGUUUGAGCAAAGGGGCCGGCGCUUCUGGAACAGGACGUUCAAGGGCGGAGAAAGGGUGCCAGACCACGUUGCCAUGUUCCCCGCUCAGGAGUACAACAUAUCCGGCACCCUGGACGGGUCUCCCGAACAAGGAGUCUGGACCAGGAGGAUAAUGAACGUGGCAGGGAACCACGACAUUGGCUAUGCCGGGGACUUGACGCCGGAGCGGAUGGAGCGGUUUGAGCGGGUUUUCGGCAAGGCCAACUACGAGCUUCGUUUCGCCCUGCCCAUCCGAGAUGCCGAGGUCAACGCCAGCAUCCUCGACAGAGAGACAAAUCCAGAGUCCACGCGCUUGCCGCCGCAAAUACGAAUCCUCGUGCUCAACGACAUGAACCUCGACACUCCCGCCAAGGACCAGGGGCUGCAGGACGCAACAUACGAGUUCAUCAACGCCGCCAUUGGCUCAGCCGCAGCUGUCGGGCACCAGGGCCAGUUCACGCUGGUCCUUACCCACAUUCCCAUGUACAAACCCGAAGGCGUCUGUGUCGACGGUCCCUUUUUCGACUUUCACACGCGCGAGGAAGGCGGAGGCGUCAAGGAGCAGUAUCUCCUCAGCUCCGAUGCCAGCAAGGGCCUUCUCGAGGGAGUGUUCGGCCUCAGCGGGAACCCGGAAGGGGCCGGCAAGGGCAUGGGUCGCAGCGGCUUGGUUCUCAACGGACACGACCACGCAGGAUGCGAUACGUUUCACUUCAUCAACCAAACCAAUGGCACGGAGGUGACGGAUCGCUCUUGGGAGGUCGCGAGGUGGGCCGAUGCUCUCCCCAAGGGCCUACAUAGGCAGCCCAUGCUUCCUGGCCGCCGCGAGAUCACGGUCCGCAGCAUGAUGGGCGACUUUGGCGGCAACGCGGGCCUGCUGAGCAUGUGGUUUAACGAGAGCACUUGGGAGUGGGAGCACGGAUACAUGGACUGCCCUCUCGGCAAGCAACAUUUCUGGUGGCUGACUCACUUUCUGGAUCUAAGCGUUCUUUUUGGUGCUUUACUUUAUGCCAUGGUCCUCUGUCUGGAAUCGGCUGGGGUUGACGUUGACGGUCGGUUCUUACAAGGCGUUGGCUGGGCCCGGAACAUUCUGGAUGAGAUUAGACGGGGGAGCAUCAAGAAGUUUUCCAACGCGAGGCCUAACGGGACAGCAUGA